CGAUAAUGGAGAAGGCCCUCCUCGACACGAUAAACAUCUGCGGUAUCGAAAAGAGGGCCAGACAGAUAGUCUUCUCCUCUUUCUUGAGUUAACCUUCGGUCCUGGCGAAACGGGUCUCACUAUGAAUUUCCUCAUCAGUUCGAUGGAGUGAACGUUCUGACUUCGAGCUCCUUGCACUUCCACAACCACACUGAUCUUCACGGUGAUCAGACGGCAGUGUUUUCAGCCUCUCGAGCUAUCAUGAGCGCGCUACUGCGUCAACUUGCCAGAUCGGUGCCCAGAUUAUCUCUGAGGCCACCGUCGAGACUAGCUUCACAUUAUCCCGUACCCGAUGUCUGUUUCGGUCUCACGGAAGAACAGCAACAGCUCCGGCAGAGCGCCUUCCAGUUUUUCCAGAAAGAAUUGGCGCCUCACGCACAGGAAAUCGACAAGACUAAUCACUUUCGGCAAUUCAGAGAUUUCUGGAAGAAACUCGGCUCGCAAGGAUUCUUGGGUGUCACCGUCAAGAGCGAGUAUGGAGGCUCGGAACUCAAUUAUCUAGAUCACAUCAUCAUCAUGGAGGAGAUGUCUCGAGCUUCUGGCUCUAUCGCCCUGAGUUAUGGCGCACAUUCGAAUCUCUGUGUGAAUCAGAUCCACAAAAAUGGCACAGAAGAGCAGAGGAGAAAAUAUCUUCCGAAGCUGUGCAACGGAGAGCACAUCGGAGCCCUCGCUAUGAGCGAAACCGGGUCGGGAUCCGACGUCGGUUCCAUGAAGCUCACGGCCGUCCGUGACGGAGACGAAUACGUGCUGAACGGAAGCAAAUUCUGGAUAACCAAUGGUCCGAACUGCGACGUGCUGUUCCUGUACGCUCGUACCGAUCCGAAUGCAAAGAAGCAGCAGCACGGAAUCAGCGCCUUUAUCGUCGAAAAAGGAACGCCUGGUUUCACGGUAGCUCAGGAACUUGAUAAAUUGGGAAUGCGAGGAUCGCCCACGGGCGAGCUCGUUUUCGAGAACUGUCGCAUACCCGCCGAGAACUUGGUUGGGGAAAUCAACAGGGGAAUGUACGUCUUGAUGAGCGGUCUCGAUUUCGAACGUCUCGUGCUGGCUGCCGGGCCUGUAGGUCUGAUGCAGGCUAGCUGCGAUGCCGCCUUCGAAUACGUUCACCAGAGGAAACAGUUCGGUCAGGAGAUCGGCAAGUUCCAAAUGGUUCAAGCCAAGAUCGCCGACAUGUACACCACGACGAACGCUUGUCGGAGCUAUCUCUAUUCAACUGCACGAGCCGUGGAUCAAGGCCAUGUCCUCUCGAAGGAUUGCGCCGGGGUCAUUCUACACUGCGCGGAAAAAGCGACUCAGGUUGCGCUGGACGCAAUCCAACUGCUUGGAGGGAACGGCUACAUAAACGAUAAUCCGACCGGACGGUACUUGCGCGAUGCCAAGUUAUACGAAAUCGGAGCUGGAACGAGCGAGAUCCGACGAUUGAUAAUCGGCCGUGCUCUGAACGCCGAGUACAAGAGUUGAGGAGAAGUAGGGAGAGAUUCGAUUCUGUACAUAAUUCCCGUCUUUUCCCCCGGACCAAGUUACAUUUAGGGCAGAAGGGUUGUAGAUAGAUACAGUUCUGAGUAUAAAUAAUUCAAGCCAUGGUUU